AUGGCCUCCCCCGCCCCCAACGCUCCCCUCCGCCUGGGCACCAUUGCCCCCAACUUCCAGGCUGACACCACCACGGGUCCCAUUGACUUCCACGAGUUCAUUGGCGACAACUGGGUCAUCCUCUUCUCCCACCCCGAGGACUACACCCCCGUCUGCACCACCGAGCUCGGCGAGAUGGCCCGCCUUGAGCCCGAGUUCAAGAAGCGCGGCGUCAAGCUGAUCGGUCUCUCGGCCAACACUCUCGGCAGCCACGAGGGCUGGAUCAGCGACAUCAAGGAUGUCACCGGCUCCCAGGUCGAGUUCCCCAUCAUUGCCGACAAGGAGCGCAAGGUUGCCUACCUCUACGACAUGAUCGACUACCAGGACACCACCAACGUCGACGAGAAGGGCAUCGCCUUCACCAUCCGCUCCGUCUUCGUCAUCGACCCCAAGAAGACCAUCCGCACCAUCCUCGCGUACCCCGCCUCCACCGGCCGCAACUCCGCCGAGAUCCUCCGCAUCGUCGACUCCCUCCAGACCGGCGACAAGCACAAGGUCACCACCCCCAUCAACUGGGUCCCCGGUGAUGACGUUAUCGUCCACCCCUCCAUCAAGGGCGAGGAGGCCACCCGCAUGUUCCCCAACCUCAAGGCUGUCAAGCCUUACCUCCGCUUCACUCCCCUUCCCAAGGACGCUUAA